GUCAGUCGGGUCGGUGUGCCGUUGGAGACGGGUCGCUGUGAGGCCGGCAGCACUGACGGCUGCUGAGAGCCGCACCUGUUCACGGAGGAGUCCUCAGAGAGGUAGGCCCGCUGCGCCGCCGGCGAUGCGCGCGGCGGCAGGCUAGUCGGCAUGCCGCGCGAGCUGGCGCCGCCCACGGUGCACCGCUCAGACAGUCAGCGCUCGGACGCCAGUCGCCGGGUGACGUUCCGACGCGGCGUGGACGUUCGACGGCCCUCCGUAGGUCGCGCCGUGCUGCACCGCCAGCCGCCGCCGGCCAGCGCGGAGGAGGUGGCCCGACAGGCCGAGGACAUCAUCCGCCAGCUGGACGCUGUGACGUGCGACGUGCGCACCACAGAGCGGCCCGUCGACAACGGACUGCGGCCGAGCAGGACGCCCGAGAAGUUCGGCUCGCUGAGUAGGGCGUCGCUGAAGAAGCAGAAGAAGAACAAGCCGAGCAGCAAGGCGGGCUCGGUGAAGUCGGUGAGCACCAACACGCUUCCGGCACCGGCGCCCAGAAGCAGCAGUCUCGAGGCGGAUAAGAAUAACAUCCUCAAGGCGGAGUCUCUGAAGAGGGAGCGUGCACGAGAGGGAGAGUUCACUCGUCUGCAGGUGAACGGCUUUUUGAAGCGUAGCUCAAGUCAGGUGGAUCACCUAAAUAACCUGAAUAGCCUGAAGGACGGCGACGAUCGCUCCAGCUACCCGAACAAACUUCGUCCGUCCAGUGAGGAUCGCGACCUUCGAGACAACGAGGUGGACAACCCGAAGAGGCUGAACGGCAAGCUGAUUUCUCGACCGGGUCACCGCUCGACACCCACCCUGCCGACUAUCCGCAUCACCCCCGAGUACGAGGCGCCGCUGAAGACGACCUCGAGGGAGAAGGCGAGCCGACCGAGCAUCAAACGCCUGGAGCCAGACACUAUGCCACGUCAGGCGCCUCCGCCGAGACCUGACCGCGCGCCAGGCCAGUACCGGCCGCUGCACGGUUUCAGCUAUAUCGGCCGAGAGGAUGCCGACAUCAUCAGCCACUCGGACUCUGUUGAGAGCCGCAGUCGGCGCAUUAUCGAUCAGAUCGCCCGGUCCCGCUCCCGCUCGCCGGAUGCCAAGCCGGGCCGCACGAAACCGCGGAGCCGGUCCUCGUCCCCAGACCAUGUGCCAGGUAUGAACGUCUUCAACAGCACUUUCCCACGGAGACUCUACGACCACGAAUCGUCCGACGUCGACCCACCGCGGCUGACACGAACCUACAACUACGAACCACCGAAACUGGAGCGUUCGUACGAGUUCGACUCUCCACCCGUGGGCCGCAACUUCCGCGAGCCGUCGCCACUUCUGCCAUCCUCUUUCGAUACUGAUCCGUUCGACUCUCCGGGCAUCCGUGUCAUCCGCCCGGACGCGCCGCCGGUCACCCACACCUUCCGCUACGAGUACGACUCGUCCGGUGAGCCACGCACUUACCGCGAUGAUGUGCCGGAGACGCGCACGCGCACUUACCACUUCCAGAGCGAACCGCCGGAGCCGACUCGUGGCUCACGCCACGCGGAAGCCACGCGGUCGUACCGGUUCCAGGAAGACGUGCUCGACUCUUCGUUUGAGCAGCGGGACUCACGUCGCGAUCGCUACGGCUCCAGCAUCGUCAUGAUCGGAGAGCAGCCGCCUGAGAUUGUCACAACCACCGGCCGUCGGACGGAUAGACCCGUAGAGAGGCCGAACGAACGUUCGCCCCGACUCAGCACAGUCAAGGAGGGAUCCAUUCCCAGUGACGAGGAGCAGCACUACCGCGCACCCCGCGGUGGUGAUCUUUACAGCGUUCCUCGGCAGAGCUCGCCCAGAGAGACAGAGAACGUCAUCCGUCUGUCUGUGAGCGGCAGCCACAGCAGCGGUCCGGAGCCCAGUGACUCCCGCAGAGUUGACCGUCAGGUAUCUUCCGGUUUCGAUAUGUCCCCCGAUCGACCGCGGAUCAGUCCCAGCGAGACCACCGAGCGUCGACGCUCCGAGAGGCGAGACGAACGAAGGGAUGAGAGGCGGGAUGAUCGGCGCACCGAAACCACCAGGACACGGCGCGUGGAUGUGCGUCGCGCCGACGCGUCGACCCGCCACGUGAGCAGCUCGUCCGAGUCGCCGCGUCGCCGCGACUCGCGUGACCCAUCCGAGGAGCGUCGACCGCCUCGCACCGUCAACGGCCACCGACGCGAUGUCAAGGAGACACGCGAGACACGUGAGACGCACAGCAAACGCGACAGCCGCGACCGCGACAGCCGGGACCGCGAGAGUCGAGACCGCACCAGCCGCGACCGGGAGAGCCGAGAGCGCGAGACGGGCACCCUCGGCAGGGCGCGCAAGCGCGUCGAACGCGACCGCCAGCACGACGGAAAGCACAAACACGACCGCAAGAAGAACUUCGAGAUCAAGUUCAUGUACGACGACGAAGAAGAGCCUUCUGACGUUCGUCUGGCCAAGUUCACUGAGUUCCGUGGUAGUGACGAGGAGGGAAGCUCCCCCAGUCCGCAGAACGGUCGGCGCCGGCGACAGGGGGUCGACGAGCCCGACGGCGGCUCGUGGCGGCCGCACAAGGAUACCCCGGAGACCUUCAUCACCCGGGUGGAGAGCAGCCGCACCCAGACGUCCGAGAGACGCGACGGUCGCGAGCAGUCGCCGCGGCCCCGCGACGGAGACAGGGACCCACAUGGCGAGUGGUCUUCUCGCACGGACGAAGACAGGGUCGAUGGGGGUCACCGACGCUCUGAGAAGGUCAAGGUCACGCGGCGCUCCGAGGCCAUCAGCCGUGAGGACAGGGAAAAACCACGCUCAUCGGUCUCCAGCGACGAGACCAAGCGGCAGCGGUUCAGGGCGCGGUCCGCAUCGCCAGACCGACAGUCCCGCGAGAGGUCUGCCGACCGGUCACCGGAAAAAUCCACGGAGAAACCGAAAAAGAAGGGGUGGCUCUCGGCCACGCUCAGCCGGCUGGACCUGAGAAAAUCCUCCGACGAGAAACGCCGCUCCAACUCGCCGAAGCGGCGCGGAUCGCACUCUCCAGACCCGAGAGGAGGUUCGUUCUCGCCCGACCGACCGCUGGAGAUGAAUCGGACGAGCGCCGAGCGCCGGGAGCGGCGGACCACCAGCUCGGGUCACGGCACCAUCAGCCGCCGGCGGGACGGUCGCUCGGUCAGCAGGGACAGCCACGGCACCUCUGACGAGCGCGCCCAGCUGUCAUCGGACCGCGAGCGGGCGCCACGCCGCUCCCGUGAGCGUCGCUCCGACAGUCGCGAGCCUCGCCGCCACCCUCCCGCCGAGAAACGCGACUCGAACCGCUCCAGCGACCGCGAGAGUCGCUACCAGAGCGACACUCAGGAGCGGCGCACCAGCCGGAACACCGCCGAGCGGCACACACGGCGGAGAGACGAGCGCAGCAGCGGCGGCGGCCGGCCCGCCUCGCGCUCGGCCAGCUUCUCCCGGCGCUACCCGGGGGAGGACGAGGUCGACUCGGGGCGCAGCGGCACCGGCAGACGACCACCCAGCCGGCGGCCGAGCGCGGCCGGCACCGGCCAGCGGCGCGGGCGGCGCAACUCACACAGUGUCACCUCGUCCCUGAACAGCAGCGGCAGCGAGCCGGCCGGACCGGCGGCCAGCCGCACCACGGCCAGCGGCGAGCGGUCCGUCUAUCUGCACGCCACCACCGUGGCCGACAUCCCCUCACCGGACGGAGCCGCGGACACGGCGGCCGCCGACAGCGAGCCACUGCCCACCGUCGAGCGGCGCAAGGUCUCCAGGUCCUUCUCUAUGCUGACACCAUUCCGACUGAAACAUCCCAACGACAAGACCAUCAACUAUGAGAAUGAUCGCAAGGAGAGUCGCGACUCGCGCGACGGUGUGCGCAACGGCGGGGACGGCCGUGCCAGCGGACGACCGCCCCGCGCGCCCCGACCGCGCCGCGAUUCGCGGGACGAGUUGGAGAACUCUACCGAGCGGUCCCCCGACCGCCACCGAGACCGAGACCGAGACCGGGACCGAGACCGGGACCGAGACCGGGACCGAGACCGAGACCGAGACCGGGACCGGGACCGAGACCGGGACCGAGACCGGGACCGAGACCGAGACCGAGACCGGGACCGAGACCGGGACCGAGACCGGGACCGGGACCGGGAGAGGCGCGACAAGGAGCGUCACGCGGUGUCUCGGUCAUCCAGCCUGCCCAAGGGCUCCCGGUCGACGUACCGCAGCGAGGACCGGCCGGCGCGGUAACCGACAUCAACGCCAAUAGAUAUUCCCACUGAUGGUGCUACCUUCGACAGCUGCCAAUAUCAACAGCAAGCUCGGGGAGUCUCCGCGUCGCUCUAGUCUCCCUCUGUGCUGUGGGAGCGGAUACGUCGCCGGGAACACACGGGUCAGGACGAUGAAGGUAACCCCGUGGCGGCCGAGACAGCAGCGACCCAGCUACCACUCAGCUCAGCUACAAACGCAACAACUGUGUGGAGCGGUCGGGACCGGCGCGGGGCACGAUAUCCGGGCCGGGACAUCGUCCCUUACCGGCUGUGACCUGAACGCCCCACUGCCCCUGGCUGCCGCUGCCGUCUCUCGCAGUCGUUUGCCUCGCGGCCGUUGCGUCAGAAGAGCCCCGGGCACUGCUUCUUGUGCGGCGGCCGCGCGCUGACCCGCCGCUCGACCCGUGACCCACCGGUGACCUGUGACCUGCCCCUGACCCCGUGGGACCCCGUGGCCGACACGCACUUUCACUAGCGCGUCGCAUCUACAGCGCGCCGCUUGUGUCUCGCGCGGCCGAGAGCCACAACACUGCCGCUCAUCAGUCCGCAGAGCUGUCAGACAACUCAGACACCCACGAGGGACCAGUGUCACUGCCUGUGGGACUCAAGGCUCGGGAGCGGCCAGGUGAACCCGUAACGUGUCCCAGCUGUGAGACAAGGCGCCGCCACACUGCCGCCGAGACCAUGUUCUGAGCUGCUGUUUGACGAUUCGGUGUGAUGAGUGAUUAUCCCUGUGGUGCUAUGACCGUGGAGCCCCCGAAGCUAUAUGGUGACCUUGGGGCGACCCUGGGGGAGUGUUUUCCCUCCCUGAAAACGUUCGGAGCGGCCGGGCCGCGUGUUGUCAGUCGUGCAGGGACUUUGUGCUAACCGGGCGUGCUGGCUGGCUGGCACUAAUCGAGCGUCCGUGGCAGUCGGCCCUCACUGCCGCGUGGCCACUUGCCUCUGAGCUUGUUGUUAACCGUGAUUAACGUUGUGUUCUUGUUUAAGCCUUCCCUGAUGUGUGACAAUACAGAAUCGACUAACGGGAAACGCCGACA